UGUUAGAUUGAGGCUCAAACCGGUUCCGUUUUGAGUGAGUGGAGAAUGUUAGAUUGAGGCUCAAAACGGUUUCGUUUGAGCUGCCAACGGACUGAGAGACUGUUCUUUAACUAACUAAAGAAUACAAUUAUUUGUAGGACCAUAUAGCUAAAAAAAGAGAGAUUUUUAGGUCCACUUUCUCUUUCUUCAAUAACCAAUAGUCUCCUUUCCCUCCAAAAUUUUUCUCUCUAGGAUCCACCCACAAACAAGUUCCUCAACUGAACAUUGUUGACAGAAACAUCAAAUAAACAAGACUUCCAAUUCCGGGUUCUUCUUGGUUCCAAGAACUCUGUUUAUGUUUUAAACCUCUGUUUCUUUCAAGAAUUACCUCUAUCCAGCAUCAAUCAAACAAGAAAUCCAAAUUACCUCUGUUUCUUUCAAGAAUUUCUUUCUGUCAAGAAAUCUCUUCUAAACCUCUCUUUUUGUCAAGAAUUAACUUUACCCACCAACCAAGGUUCAUUCUUUUUCCCGUUUUUGCAAUGCAAUUUUGUACUUCACUUCUCUUCUGGUUCCAUUUAUUUCUCUUCUUUACCUUCAAUUUCCUUUCACUUUCAAACCCUUCCUUACAAGCAAAGAAUGUCACGCUCUAUGGAGACGCACACCUUAGAAACAAUGCCAUCAGUCUCACCCAAGAUCACGGUUGCUCCCCUCCACCAUCUUCUUCCUCUUCUUCUUUCUUCUUUUCUGAUCCAUCUUCAUAUUCUGGUGUUGGAAGAGCUCUCUAUCUGUACCCGGUUCGGUUCCUUGAUUCCACAACAAGUAUUCCUGCAUCCUUUUCUUGUAGAUUCUCAUUCUCCAUAAUCAAAUCUCCACUUUGUUCUUUUGGUGACGGCAUGGCUUUCUUGAUCACUUCUAAUGCUGAAUCUUUUAGUCUUUCUAAUGGGUAUAUGGGUCUUCCUGGUCCAGCUUUAAACCCUCAAGAUUCUUUUGUUGCUGUUGAAUUUGAUACAAGUUUUGAUCCUUUUCUUUCUGAUAUUAAUGGUGAUCAUAUUGGAAUUGAUGUUAACACAGUUGUUUCUUUUGCUUCUGUUGAUGCUUUGUCAAAUGGGAUUGAUCUAAAAAGCGGAAAGCAAAUGAUUGCUUGGAUUGAGUACUCAGAUAUUGCUAAAUUGAUUCAAGUUUGGGUUAGUGACUCUCAAAAUAGACCUCCAAAUCCUAUUCUUGAAGCUAGAGUUGAUUUAUCUGAGAAUUUUAAGGAGUUUAUGCAUGUUGGUUUCACUGCUUCUAAUGGGCAAGGAUCAGCUGUUCAUCUUAUUGAUCAUUGGAGAUUCAAAACUUAUUGGUCUGCCCCUGCUGCUACUAAUGUACAAGCAAGUGAAGGAGAGGAUUGUUUCUUGUGUUACCUUGAGGAUUCAAGUGAAAAUGGCGACCCUACUAAUCUUGAUGAGAAAACAAAUAAAAUGAAGGAGAUAGCUUUGGGGUUAGGAGGUUUAGCUGCAUUUAUCUUAUCGAUUGCUCUAAUAUUGGCAAUAAUCUUUCUCUUUGUUAUAAGAAAGAAAAGGGUUGUUUUUGGCAGAAGAACUAAAGAAGGCCAAUUCUUUAUACAUAAAGGAGGACCAACAAGAUUUUCAAUUGUUGAGAUAAAGGCAGCGACAAUGGGGUUUCAUCGAAACAGAAUUAUCGGGGAAGGAGCUUCAGCUACAGUUUAUAAGGGGUCUCUUCCAGAUUUAGGAGCAGUGGCUGUGAAGAGGUUUAAUAAGACAGAGAUUGAAUGUUGUCGCAAUCCAUUCAUAACUGAGUUUGCAACAAUUGUGGGUUGCUUAAAACAUAAUAACUUGGUUCAACUUCAAGGAUGGUGUUGCGAAGAAUCAGAAUUAGUCUUAGUUUAUGAGUACCUGCCUAAUGGUAGCCUUGCCAAAAUCCUUCACAAUAACACUAGCUCUUCAAAUUUCCUCUCCUGGAAACAAAGAAUGAACAUAGCUCUUGGAGUUGCUUCUGCUCUUUCGUAUCUACACGAGGAAAGUGAAAGGCAGAUAAUUCAUAGAGAUGUUAAGACCUGCAAUAUAAUGCUUGAUGAAGAAUUCAAUGCUAAACUUGGUGAUUUUGGUUUAGCAGAAGUUUAUGAACAUAGUUCUUCGACAAGAGAAGCUACAAUACCAGCUGGAACAAUGGGGUACCUUGCUCCUGAGUAUGUUUAUUCAGGCGUCCCAUCGGUGAAAACUGAUGUUUACAGCUUUGGUGUGGUGGUGCUAGAGGUUGCCACAGGAAAAAGGCCUGUUGAUGAUGAUGGAACGGUACUUGUGGAUUGGGUGUGGGGGUUUUGGGAGCAAGGGAAAUUGAUAGAGGCUGCUGAUUCGAAGUUAAAAGGGAAGUUUAAUGGAGCGGAGAUGCAGAGAAUGCUGCUUGUGGGACUUUGUUGUGUGCAUCCAAAUCAUGAGGAGAGACCAACUAUUAAGGAGGCAGCUAAGAUUCUUAAAGGUGAAGCACCACUUCCUGUUCUGCCAUCAAGAAAACCGAAAGUUGGCUUUCAGUAUAUUUUACCUGAGGAUUCUGAUGGAAGAUUGAAUCUUGGUGGAGAUCAUAGUCCUAAUACUGAUGAUGUUUCCUGGAUGACACCUAGGAGUCAUUUUGGCUGGGACUAACAGAGAAUUGUUAAGUAUAUGAAAAUGUGGAAUGUAAUGUCUGAUUUUUUGUUGCAAAUGUGUAGUAUCCGCUACUACGUUUUAUGCAUUUUCUUCUAAAAAUCUUGUAGACAUUAUGUAUUCCAAGAUGUUGAGAUACUGUGGAGGGUUUUGUGAUGUUCCUGAAAGAUAUCUAUUAGAUGAGAAAUGAAUGGUUUUUGC